CGCCGUCAUGACGCAGAAGGUUAAAGGUCCACACGGCAACAACAACAGCUCGGAGCUCCGUCUUCCUCACGCCGGACAGAGGAGCAUGAAGGGGACAUAAACAGCUCCGUGUGUUGUCGCUGGUUAGUUGACGGGAAGUGUAACAAGAGCGAUGCCAGCCACGGCAGCUGUCUGUGUAUAAAAUACCGCUUCAUUAAAAAAAAACGCGAACUGAAAGAAGGAGCAUCCGGAUGAAGCAGCGCUCGCAGAACUGAGACCUGACAAAUCAAGGAUGGCAGGAGUGUUUGACAUAGACCUGGAGACUGAGGACAUCAGUGAUACAGAGGAUGAUGUCUGUGACUUCACCGUGACAGAGCCAGAGAAUGUUCAGACGGAGGAGGUGGAGUUGACCAGUGAAAGUGUCAACAGAGACAGUGAGAGAGUUGGACCUGACUGCUUUGAGCUUCUUACCGUGCUGGGAAAAGGAGCCUAUGGCAAGGUUUUCCAGGUGAGGAAGGUUCAAGGUGCCCAGACUGGGAAGAUAUUUGCCAUGAAAGUCCUGAAAAAGGCUAAGAUAGUGUGCAAUGCUAAAGACACAGCCCAUACACGAGCAGAGCGAGAGAUCCUGGAGACGGUGAGACACCCGUUCAUAGUGGAUCUGCUCUACGCCUUCCAGACUGGGGGAAAACUCUACCUCAUACUGGAGUGUCUGAGUGGAGGAGAACUGUUCAUGCAGCUCGAGAAAGAAGGGAUCUUCAUGGAGGACACAGCUUGUUUCUAUUUAGGAGAGAUCACGCUGGCCCUCGGUCACCUCCACUCCAACGGGAUUAUUUACAGAGACCUCAAACCUGAAAACAUCAUGCUUAAUCACCAAGGGCACAUCAAACUCACUGACUUUGGCCUCUGCAAGGAAUCAAUUCACGAUGGAACCGUCACACACACCUUCUGUGGCACCAUAGAGUACAUGGCUCCAGAGAUCCUGACCAGGUCGGGUCACAACAGAGCUGUAGACUGGUGGAGCCUGGGCGCCCUCAUGUACGAUAUGAUGACCGGAUCACCUCCAUUCACAGCCGAAAACAGGAAGAAGACCAUCGAUAAGAUCUUGAAGUGUAAACUCAAUCUGCCCCCAUAUCUAACCAUCGACGCCAGGGACCUCAUCAAGAAGCUGCUGAAGAAGAAUCCAGCUCAGAGACUUGGCUCCAGUAAAGCUGACUGUGCUGAUAUCCAGAAACAUCCGUUCUUCAGGCACAUCAUCUGGGAUGACCUGCUGAACAAGAGGUUGGAGCCGCCAUACAAACCACAGUUGCAUUCAGACGAGGAUGUGAGCCAGUUUGACACCAGAUUCACCAGACAGACACCAGUGGACAGCCCAGACGACACCAGGCUCAGCCACAGUGCUGAGCUCGCCUUCGCUGGCUUCACUUACGUUGCUCCAUCGGUCCUAGAAAGUCUAAAGGAAGGCUUUUCAUUUGAGCCACGGACACGACCUGUACGCAGACACAACAGCAGCCCGCGCACACCAAUCAGUCCUCUGAAAUUCUCCCCAGCCGGACCCUUCAAGUCCAGCAUGGACGGAGAGCCGGACCUCUUCUCUCCCACGUCACCGCCAGCAGCUCCAGUUUCCGUGCCGCUGGAAAACGGAGCUGCCAGUCAGCCAAUCAGGACGCCCGCGAGGAACAAGAAGCAGAAAGGACAUCGGAGAUGAGGAGCCAGCCGCCGCUGCACGUCAGAUUCACAUUUUUCUAGAAUACAGUAAGUGCUGAGGCACAGGGCUGGAGUGUUUUUGGUUCUUCAUGCUUUAUUUGAAGUGGUUUAAUAAAUCCAGUUGUUCUUGGGGCCUGACCUCUAAUUACCAUAUAACCAUUUAACUACCUAUCACUCUACAACUGCUUUUAGUUAUUAACAGGUUGGGGAACGUGAAGCUUUAAUUUACAGCUUUUAACUUCUAGUUCACACUGUGGUAUUAAUAUCUGGGGAAACAACAAAUUGUAUGACAAUAUUUUCUACACAUAGCACUUAAAAGAGGGCGACCAACUUCACUGCAUCGAUUUCAUCUGGGAUGCACGUGCCGGUACAAUCACAGCAAAGCGAAAGCUGUGAUAUAAAGCGUUUUAGGUUUAAUUAGUUCAUCAGCUUUUAAUUAGUUCAUCAGAGUUUUUUGAGGAGGUUGGCUAUCACAGGCUGAUGUUUUAAUUAGGGAACCAAUGAAGGAUCUCUUGAUUGAAGCCCUGAUUCUUCCCCAUUAACGUCGAACUGUGAAGCUGACCUUCAGUUGCCGUCAGGACGAGGCGAGCUCAGAGAUGAGCGAGGGUGUAGAAAUCUACUGAAUGAAGCGCUACAUCACGCACAGGAGAUACCGUAACGUGUUCAUGAAUGUCUGAUCAUGUCUGCUUUUUCUCUUCAUGUCCAUUGCCAAAGCUUUAACACAUACUAUCCUCAUAUUGUACAGACGGACCAAUCUCAUUCUAACAGAGUGCACUUGACACGAGGGAUGUACUGUAUUUGUUCAUCAUAUUUGAGUGAAUAAAAAGAAAUAGCCCCUGUAGAGUAAUGAAAGUAUUCCCAUGUGUUCACCUAAACACAUACGUUCAUAUAAUUAGUACAAUGUUGUUUCAAAGCGGUGCUCUAAAAUAAUGAUCUUCUAAUCUAACUAAUUAUAAUCUUGUAUAAAGAGUAUUUUGGGUUACUGAACAAACCUAUUUUUACACAAAAAAAACUUAGGUCAAAUAAUAUUUGGGAAAAAAAAACUUUCAAAUAGAUAUUUAAGUGUUUAAUUGUCAUUUCCCGACUCUGCAGUCAGACACAGCAGUUCAGUGAGGUUCAUUUGGUGCCAAAAAAAUUCAGUUUUUACAAAUGUUUCUUGGAUUGAAUGACUCAUAGAUUGAGGUAAACUGAACUGAACUCUGAGCUUGGUCUGAGCAAUGCAAUCAAAGAAAGCUGAAUCAGUGUGAGUCUUACAGCACUUAAACACAGGCAGCUGAAGUGACAGAGCGAUCGUCAGCUGUGAUUCAGUGAGCAGUGUAAAUCUUACAAAUAAAUUUAGAGUAAAAUAUGACAUUUGAAAUUCUAUGAAUUCUACAGUGUACAAUCAUUACCUCCAAUCCAGUGAUGUAUUAGUAUGUAUGCACAGUUAGAGGUAUUGCAGAUGUGUGGAGAAAGUGGGGCUAAAUUGGAAACAAUCAGCACACAUUGAUGUAAAUAUGACACAUGCUCAUAAAUCAUCCAUCUGCUUCAAAGCUCCAGAGUGUUGCCUGUCUGUCAUUGUGUUUUACCAAGUGUUCAAUAUUACAUAAACAGAUGAUGAAAGAAGUAACCAUAUGAAUAUAUGCAGACAAAAACACGUAGUAGAACCAUCACAUCAUAAAACUUUUGCAGCAGCAUGGUUCUAUGGAGGGAAGUGUCAGCGAGCUCACCACUGAUCUAUGACUUAAUAUCUUCUCACAGUAUAUCUGAACAACCAUGACAUUUCAUACAAACACCUGAUGUUUCAGCUUUCUCUGCCGCUGACGAGACACUUUUCACCUCCAGUGUCUGUCUUGACAUGGAAAGCUUUUGUACAGACAUUGAUGCUUUUCAGAGGAAAUCUGUGUUUAGAAAAAAUGAUACUGCUACUACAUAAAUUUUACUUGCAAUCUUGAAAUCCAUUGGAUAUUUUUUACAACAACUGAGCCUGGCCAAGACUUUCUCUUCCAUGCUCCGGUCCAAAUCUUGUUCCACACCAUACAAUUUCUGCAUUCAAACGCAGUUUUCUGUUUCCACAGAUUUUUAGAAUGAACCGUGCUGCUGUCUGCCUCAGCUUAACUCUGUACAUGAUCAAAUGUUGUCUGUGUUAAACAAUGCAGCCGACCUGCCAAACAUGUUAGCAUUGCCAUCAUGAGCACGCUGACUUUAGCAUUGAAGAUUAAAAAAAUCAUCAUAAAAGCUUUUAAGUUGUUUUAAUGUUUUUAUUCAUAUGAUUAUUUCAUAAUAUCUUAAUUAUGUAUUCAUAUUGAACACAUUGUGUCUCCAUAAAAUCUCAAAAGCUGCCUUUUGUUUUUCAAAAUGACAAACACUGGAUACAGAGUGUGACACACUGCAGUUUGUUUUUGUAGUGACACUGUAACCACGGUGAUGAAGCAGAAAGCGAAUGAAUUGUAAACAAAGUAUUUAUAUGUACGAUAAGAAGACGAGACACGGGGCUCUGUUUCUCUGUUUUUGUUUGUCUCAUCAUGAAACCUACAAUUGGGCAGCUGGAAUGACUGUCAAUCAUAUUCAGUUCUGUGUAUUUAUUUACAUAAUGGAUAAUAAUUAUGGAGUGAUGAAAAGGAUUCUGCAUCUCCAGACUUAAUGGAAAUGAAUAGAAUAGAAAUAAAAUUCAGAAAAAGUGAUAUGAGUGGAUUAUAGUUUAUUUUUUUGAGGAUUGCUGAUUUUGUCUUGUUUUUUUCUCCUAUCUGAUGAAUGAAUAAUAAUAAAAACAUGAAUUGCUAAA